ACUGGGUCCAAGUGGAAUACAGUUGUGAAAGCAAUAUCAUUGUACUUCAGUUUGUGUUGCACCAGCGCUUCACAGGAUUCUGACGCAGGAGGUAGUCGCCAAUAAUGAGCACAAUGGCUGACAAUAAAUCUAAAACUGCAAAACUUACAAACAAGACAGCAGUGAGACAUAGUGAACAGGCGAAGGAUAAAGCACACAGUCGCCUGUCCUCUGAAUCCAAUGGGACCAGUGAAGGAGCGGCACCAAAUGAACUGAGCGCACUUGAAGAAGCUUUCAGGAAGUUUGCUGUUCAUGGAGACACCCGAGCAUCAGGAAAAGAAUUGCAUGGAAAAAACUGGUCGAAAUUGUGCAAAGACUGUUGUGUCAUCGAUGGAAAGAAUGUGACUUUAACAGAUGUUGACAUUGUCUUCUCUAAAGUAAAGAAAAAACCAUGCAGAGCAGUCACAUUUGAUCAGUUUAAGGAAGCUCUUGGUGAACUUGCAAAAAAACGUUUUAAAGACAAGCCAGGAGAAGAAGCUGUUGAGGAGAUUUAUAAACUGAUUGAAGGAAAAUCUCCCAUCAUAUCUGGUGUGACGAAAGCCGUGGCUUCUCCCACAGUAUCACGGCUGACAGACACGUCAAAGUUCACUGGCUCCCAUAAAGAAAGGUUCGAUGAGUCUGGAAAAGGGAAAGGAAAAGCAGGCCGAGAAGAAUUGGUAGACAUGUCUGGUUAUGUACCUGGGUACAAACAUGCUGGUACAUAUGCUCAAAAAGUGAAAGGAUCAAAACCAAUCUAGAAAUGUCUCUUCCUUAACACGGCUGUAUCCAAGUUCCACAUCUUCCCAGUAAGUGAGACAUUCCAAACUGUGCCACUCUUCAGCAGAAUUCCAGUUUACAUAUGCGCCAAUAUAUUUCCAGUCCAACAUUCCUAAAGACUGGCUGAUUGUAAGCCUUAUAUGUGGUUUUGUUUAGAUGAAAUAACUACAAAAGACGCAAAUGUUCUCAAUUAGCAAUAUUCAUGUGCCAUUUUCUGCAAAAACAGGGUCACCACCUAAGGGAAAAGGACAUUUGUAAGAUUAGGAUGCCAGGAAUAGGAAGAAAAAAAUCAUGUGAACAGAAGAUAACUACACCUACAAAUUACAUAUUUUUUUCCUCUAUUUCCACAUACUGUAUACAUUUACAAAGAGCUGCUUAUUUGCAAGAAGAAAUAAGUCAAUUGAAGGUUAAUGCAAGUGCAUAAAGUUCAAACAAUUCAGGUAUUUUUAUUGCUAACAUUUGUCAGACUUUUAAAAUGCCAUUUGUUUCCAAAUUGGACUGGACCGAAAUUAAACAUGUUCUUUUCUUAAAACAGUGAGUCAGAAUUUGUGGCUGGCAUUUCGGUGUUAAAUUGUUGUAUUUUUCUUUUAAGUCUCCUGUAAUUGGUUUCUUCAAAGUCUGUGUCCUGGUCAUAAAUAAUGUCGUUUUUAAUCAUUAGUUUGUUUCGGUAAUUUUGGUAUUUGAAUAUAAAAAAAUAAAUUAAAAAAACCUAAAGUAAAAAUACAAUGCCAGUGUUUUUAACACUCAGUGAAGCUAUUUUUAUGUAAAAUUGCUGCAUUUCACUCCAAUUAUAAACCUUGAUUAUAGUAGGUGGACCAGCCAGAACUGCUUUGCUUAGCAGCAAUUAACUACAGUUCCAGGUACACAACACAAAUUCUUCCCAACCCAUUUAAAGCUUUCUGGUUUUAAAAUGGGUUAUGAUCAAAAUGUUGCGGCAUUACCUUGUUAAGUCAGAUUUAUUCCUACUAAAAGGUAGUAGAGAUAUACAUAUUUGAAAAUCUAUUCUUCCAAUCUUUAAGUCCAAUAUAUUCAACUCAGUAGAUCAGGACCAAAUCCCAGAACACAGAAAUGCGAGUCUUUUUUUACUUAUGAUUAUGCAACGUCCAUAAUAGUAAUCAUAAUUGUGACUGGCAUUUUGGGUUCAAUUGGUUUGAGGGUCCAUCACCUAGCCUGGUAGACGAGUAAGUAGACCCUCCCAUAACAGAUGGUAUCAAGGGGUAGCUACAAUGGUGGAUAUGGGGGAGUAUGUUGAGUAUUAUCAGUAAUACAAAUUACUGAUAAUACCUUUUUUUGUUGUUGCUGGUCCAUUAACCCCAUAGACAGCUAAAGUAUAGAAACAAUUGGUGUGUUUACACUUGAUUGAAAAAGCAGGGGGUACUUCUCACAGGAGCAGACUCUGAACAUGCGUACUUUGAGGGGGAAAAAAAAGCAGCUGACGCCCCUGCUGUAGUGACAGAUUUUUCCACUGCUCAUUUAGUGUUCGUUGGAUCCUGUCUUCACUCCAGAUAGAUAUUAAAACCCUGCUUUCUUCAUCAGUGAAGUUGCACAGGCGUCCUUCAGACAUUAUUUCCAAAAUCUGUAAUACAAAACAAUUAGGUUUAGUCAGUAGUCGCUACACAUCGAAAAAUGUAAACUACAUAACAAAAAAAAC